UUGCUAACCAAUAAGAGGCAGCGUUAAAACGGCAAAGGGUUGUGCUUAACCAAUAGAGAAAGCUAGGCGAGGAUCAGCCUUGCGGGGAUGGCAUUGUGAGCUCUGUAAUGUGAAGGCGAGCUGGAGGAUGAGAGCAGGUCAGACUGGGACUCGGUUUAGACACACUGCAACCCGCUUGCACGGGGUUAUACAACUGGAGAUAAUAAUAGAGGAAGAGCACGCGGUACGGACAUCUUUUGGAUUAACUACGAAUCUAGUUUCUUUUUAAACCCGUUUUUGUUUGUUUUUAAUUUUGUUCCAUUUUAUUUCAUUAAUUUUUUAAAACAAAACUGGCGUGAUAAUCGUAGAGAAAUGUCUCGUAGAGCAAGGAGAAACGGUUCGCCCACUUCAAGUAGUAAUUCAUCUUCAGUCGGCAGUGGGGGAGUAGGUAGUAGUACCAUUAGUAGUAAUACUGGUGGUGGAGGAGGGGGCACUGCUGGGUGUGCGGGAAUGGGGACGGGUAGCCGUUUGCUACCCAUGAAAGCGACGGUGCCUUUCCAACUGAAGCCGCAACAGCAGACACAGCCAACCCAGCAGCAACAACAAGGCAGCAGCCCCACGCGCAACAACAACAGCGGAGAGACUGGCACGCGCACGUCCUCGCGCAACAGCAGAAGCCCCACUCGUGCUGCCAACCACUCCUCCUCUUCCUCCUCGUGCAGCAGCCCCACAGUGGGCACGCAGACUGUGACGUCUUCGCGCAACAGCCCCACGCGAAGCUCGAGUGGAGGGGGUGGGUCCACUUCUCGAGGCAGCCCCACGCAGCACGCGACGUCAGGGUCUACUCGGGGUAGCCCUACGCGACAACAACAAACAUCACAGCAGCAGCAACAAUACAAUAAUAAUUCAUCCUUGCACCAGCACGCGGUUCAACCACAAGGCUCCCCUUGCUCUUCUCCCACCCAAUUACUGUGGGUCCCGGAUUCACUGCUGUCAGCAUCAACGGUAUUGGCUCCUUCGUCAUCCUCCUCAUCAUCCUCAUCAUUGUCCUCAUCAUCAGGUGGAAGAGUCAGACAUCACAGGAGGUCUCCCGAACACAAAACCUCCCCCGAGAGGAAAAGCCCCAGCUCGCCAGGGUGCAAAGAAAGACCACAGCAGCCUUCUGUCAGUCCCUCCAAUAAUAAUAUCCGCCGCACCUCCUCUCUGGACACUCUUGCUGCCCCCUACCUCUCCGGACACUGGCCACGGGACAGCCAGGGGCAGUGCGCACCCUGCAUGAGGGACAAAGCCACACAGACUCCCAGCGCCUGGGCAGAAGAAUGUUCCGAAAAGAAGAAAGGCUCUCACAAGCGCUCGGCAUCCUGGGGAAGCACCGACCAGCUUAAAGAGAUUGCAAAGUUGCGUCAGCAACUUCAGCGCAGCAAACACAGCAGCCGACACCACCGCGACAAAGACCGUCAGUCUCCUUUCCAUGGCAACCACGCGGCUAUCAACCAAUCGCAGGCUCCCAUUCCAAAGAGCGUUCUGAUCCCCAUCCCGAUUUCCAAGUCAACGGUGUCGAGAUUCAGGAACAGCGUGGAGGGCCUCAACCAGGAGAUUGAGCGCAUAAUCAUCAAGGAGACUGGGGACAAGGAUGAGCAGCUCAUUCCCCAGGACAUCCCGGAUGGGCACCGGGCACCGCCCCCCCUGCCGCAGCGCAGCAGCAGCACGCGCAGCAUUGACACGCAGACCCCCUCCGGGGUGGAUAGGAGCAGCAACAGCAGCAGUCGCUCGCAGUCCAUCUCACCCACCUUCUUCACCAUCUCCAACGAGGGCAGUGAGGAGAGCCCCUGCUCCGCCGAUGACCUGCUCACCGACGGCAGGGAGAAAGACUGUGGAAACAGUUCCCCGCUACCCAAGUACGCCUCAUCCCCAAAGCCGAACAACAGCUACAUGUUCAAACGGGAACCUCCGGAGGGCUGUGAGAGGGUAAAGGUCUUUGAAGAAACACUGCCCAGGCAGCUACACGAGAUUCCUCCAUUCUACUGCCCAGACAAAAACAAAGUGAACUUCAUCCCCAAGAGUGGCUCUGCCUUCUGCCUGGUGAGCAUCCUCAAACCCCUCCUGCCCACACAGGACUUGACAUUCAAGGGCUCUGGCCACGGCCUGAUCCCCACAGGCAUCAUCCCCACUGUGAUGCAGCCCAUUCCCAUGGCAACUGUGCCCAGCAACGGGGAGCAGGAGCGCAUCUCCCGCGGGACCAGCACAGCCAGCCAGAAGCCUUUGCUCCCCAGGCACAUCGAGGAACCAGAGAACUAAAAUACAGCGCCCCCGGCAGGCAGAGCACCAGUACUACACUUCAUCAGCAUCACCUCUCCUUUCUUAACAUGUUGCAUAUCACUCGACUGAAUGUACACCAUUUCCAGGCGCUGAUACCUGUGGUUUCUUUCUUUUUAACACGUACACUUGCUGGAAGAUACUAAGGAAGUAAUAAGUGGCUUUAAGUGGAUAAAGCAUUGGGUUUCUUAAGUAGGAGUACUACAUUCAAGUUCCUCAAGCUUAGUGUUGUCCUUAAGAGACUAUAGUGUUAAAAUAAUGUGUAUAAUCUCCAAAGUGCUUUCAAUUAAAAACAAAUUGUCGCCUUUUAA